AUGCUGCCGGCGCUGAGGCGCUGCCGCCCGGGGCCGGUCCUGUGGGCCGCGCUGGGCCCCGCCGCCCGCCCGGGACUCGGGCCCGGGCCCGGGCCCGCCUGGGGGCCGCGGCUGGUGCCGGCGCGGGGCCGCAAGACGCGGCACGAUCCCCCCGCCAAGUCCAAGGCGUCGCGGCUGAAGGUGCCGCCGCCCGUCGACCCCGAGGAGCUGCUGGUGGUCAUCGAGCGGUACCGGCAGCACCGGCUGGUCCUCAGCGCCCUCCGGUCUGAGUUCAGGGCCGAGGUGCUGCAGAAGAAGCGGGAGGCGUCGCUGUCCCAGGAGGACUCAGCAGAGCUGACGGAGGAGCACCGGCUCCUGAUGGCCUGGAACGAGGCGGAGAACGCCCGGCAACGGGCACGCAGAGAGGAAAGACUUAGAAAAGAAGAGGAAGAACAGAAGAGGCGGAAGCUACAGGCUGCAGAGAACAAGGCCAGGAUAAUGGAGGCUUUCCUGAAGGAAAAGGAGAAGGAGGUUCUCCAGCUGCAGGAGGAAGCCAAAACGUUCAUCACCCCCGAGAACCUGGACGCGCGGAUUGAGGAGUGCCUGGACAACCCUCGCAACUACAACUUCGCCAUCGACAAGGACGGGCGGAUCGUCAAACGGACGGUGUUGUCUUAGCGGCCCAGCCCUGCCCUGGUUUCUGUCCAGAGGCUCUGCUUACAAGCUGGUUUCUUCCUUUAAAUAUAUAAAUCGACCACAGAAUUGUUGGAGAAAGCCUGCGGGUCUGGCUGUGGUUCUUCUGAAGGGUUAACACCUGCGGGAAGGAGGGUGAGGGAGAAAUUCGGGCUUGUAACAAGCAGCAGAGGCACGAGCAGUCUGUCUCAGCCCUGCGAGGGGGUGGAGAAGCUGCCUGAGAAGCUGCUGGUGUUCGUAUUCCUGUUGCUCUGAUUCCACCUCCCACGUGUUUGGAUCCCUCCCGCUUUCACACAAAGCGUCGGGGCGGGGGGCUGAGGUGGAGCAGGAGCGGUCCCGAGGCAGAUCCUGGCUCUGAGCUCCCCGCUGUAGCCCCGGCACUGUUUGCGUGUCGACUCCUCUAGAUGCUUUUGAAAGAAAACGCCGUCUGAAUGGCUUUGUAGGAAACACUGACCCUCCACUUUUUGUUGUUGGGGGAAAGAAUUAAUCGUUUCUCUGUUUUCUGCUGCGGUGGAAGACC